AGUCACACACAUUAUCACUUUUUUUAUCAGCUAGUUUCCUGAAGACCAAUGAUUCUCAUAGCUUUCUAAACCUUCUAAUUUUAGCCAUGACAAGCUGAUCGCUGCUUUUGUGUUCUAAUUAUAAAUGUUCAUUUCUUCUUUUUACUGUGAUCCUUCAAAUUGCCAUGCAGAACAUCAUCAAUUCGUUUAAGGGAACAGCACUUGGAGUAGCAGAGUUUCUGACUCCUGUUCUCAAAGAAUCAAAGUUUCGAGAGACGGGAGUCAUAACUCCUGAAGAAUUUGUUGCUGCUGGAGACAAUCUGGUGCACCAUUGUCCAACGUGGCAAUGGGCCAGUGGUGAUGAAUCAAGAGCCAAAACGUAUCUGCCUCCAAACAAACAAUUUUUAAUAACAAGGAAUGUCCCUUGCUCCAGGAGAUGCAAAGAGAUAGAGUAUUGCGAAGAACAAGAGAAAGUAAUCGAAAAUGACGAUUUUGACUCAGGCUGGGUUGAUACUCACCACUAUGACAAUGCCUCAGGGCUUGAAGAUAGGGUUUCUGAAAUGGUUUUGGAAGCACCUAGUGAGCCUAGUCGAUCAUUAAAUAUGAAGAGCAAUGAAGAAACAAUUCAAAAAGAUAGCAAUAGUGACAGUGAAGACGAAGAAGCUGUGGAUAUGGAUGAGUUUGAAGAAAGUGGACUUCUGGAUGAAGCUGAUCCAUCCUCGUUGAGCACCGCUCAGAAAGAACCAGAAGAAGUUGACAAAGGAGAUGAAAUCAUCAGAACGCGCACUUAUGAUUUGUAUAUAACUUAUGAUAAAUAUUACCAAACUCCACGGCUCUGGCUCUUCGGCUAUGAUGAAAAUCGAAAGCCCUUAUCUGUGGAACAAAUGUAUGAAGAUGUGAGUCAAGAUCACGCUAAAAAAACUGUUACAAUGGAAGCCCAUCCGCACAUUCCUGGCCCACCCAUGGCAUCCGUCCAUCCUUGCAGGCAUGGAGAAGUGAUGAAAAAGAUCAUCGAGACGGUGAUGGAAGGAGGCGGUGAACUAGGUGUACACAUGUAUUUGAUAAUAUUCCUGAAGUUUGUUCAGUCUGUCAUCCCAACAAUAGAGUACGAUUUCACACAAAACUUCACGAUGUAAAUUUUAUUGUUAUUCUGUUUUCCAGUCUUUGUUUUUUAUUUACCAUUUUACACUGUACGCAAUUCUUCUUUGUGGAUUCCAUGAUUCUAAAAUUGCUUGACAAUAUAUUUUCCUUUUAGCUUCUA